CCGUCGCGAAGCCACGCAACAAGACGAUGCGCUGCAAUGUGUCUGGUCGCGUGGCUCUCUGAGACCCGUUCUCUAGGCAAUCUCUCUGCGGAUGCGGCGAGCGAGCCAGCGGCCGCCGUCGUUGUCGUAGUCUUCUUUCCUUCCCCUGACGUGCUGCGCUAUUCUUGGCCCCGGACUUUCCUCGAUGUUUAUGGUCGCGGUCAAAUGAGCGGUAUUCAGCCGUGUAAUUCACCGUAGCAAGGAUGACUUCCUGAAUGAAGCGCGUAAUCGCUGACAACCAGCACAGCACGGUAGAUAGGCCCCGGGAACCAAACCCUGCUCGUCCGUCGUCCGACAAGAACCUUGUCGUCGGAGUUCUACCCGACGAGCGAAGCCCGAGGAAACCUGAUUCCGAACUUCCGGUGAAUCUCUCCAACUCGUACACCGAGAUUAGCUUUUCCGAU